AUGAUGAUGGUUGUUAUUAAGUUCGUGAGCAUGCCAUCUCCAUCUAACAUUUGCAUAAUGUCUCCUUUACUUUUGACUCCCAAAUUUCUCGAAAUUCAAAAUCCAAAAAGAAAAUUGAAAUCAGUUCUUAGUGACUGCAAAAGUCAACAAAUUAAACAACGUCCCUCACGUAUUUCGACUUCUCGAAUUAUUUAUGUCAAUCAAACUUCACAGCCUGAGAAAUAUCGGUCUAAUGCUAUCAGCACUGCUAAAUAUAAUGCAUUUUCUUUUUUCCCACGCUUUCUGAAAGAACAAUUCAGACGGUACAGCAAUGUAUUCUUCCUCAUUAUUGCGCUUCUCCAACAAAUUCCUGAUGUUAGUCCAACAGGUCGCAUCACAACUGCGGGACCCCUAAUUAUCAUUUUAACUGUGUCGGCUAUUAAAGAAAUAUUUGAGGACAUCAAGCGAAGGAAAUCUGAUCAAACGGUUAAUAAUUACCGUGCUAUAGUUUUCAGAGACUGUGAGUGGAAGUAUACUUCUUGGAAAGAUUUGAAAGUGGGCGAUAUUGUACGAGUGGAAAAUAAUCAGAUGUUCCCAGCGGAUAUGGCAUUGUUAUCAUCUAGCGAACCGCUAGCUGUAGCUUAUAUCGAAACUUCAAAUUUGGACGGGGAAACGAAUUUGAAAAUUCGACAAGGACUUGAAUGUACAUCAAAUCUGACAGUUACAGCAACAAUUAGAGAUUUUCAGUGUGAGAUCGAAUGUGAACAUCCAAAUGAAAAUGUAAAUGAAUUUACUGGGACGUUACAUAUGCAUGAUUUGCGGCGGCCUCUCAGUAUUCCUCAACUGUUAUUACGUGGUGCUCGUUUAAAGCAUACACACUGGAUUUGUGGUGUAGUGCUUUAUGCAGGACACGAUGCCAAGCUAUUAAUGAAUUCAAAAGUAGCUCCGUUGAAACAAUCCAAAAUUGAUGCUAUCACCAAUCAGCGUAUUUUGUUCCUUUUUUUUGCGUUAAUUGUCCUCGCUUUUAUAAGUGCUACUGGAGCGUAUUUCUUCGAUCAUAAACGGCUAAUGCAUUCUUAUUACCUUAGUCCUCAAGGGAAGGGGACUUUCAACUUUUUUUGGAAUAUGUUGACGUUUUUCAUUCUAUAUAAUAAUUUAAUUCCGAUCUCACUGCAAGUAACCCUUGAAUUGGUACGAUUUUUCCAAGCAGUAUACAUAAAUAAUGAUAUUUCAAUGUACGAUGAAAAGACAGAUAGUUGUGCUGUUGCGAGAACAUCUAAUUUAAAUGAAGAGUUGGGGCAGGUAAAAUUUAUAAUGAGUGAUAAAACUGGCACACUUACUCGCAAUAUUAUGAAAUUUAAAAGAUGCUCAGUUGCGGGUAUUAAUUUUGGAAACGAUGAAGCAGAUGAUUUUCAAGACCGUAAUUUAUCGGAGCUUAUCAGGACUUCUGAUGAAAAAGCUAGCUCUGUCAAAGAAUUUCUUCGGAUGAUGGCAAUUUGUCACACGGUUGUUCCAGAAAGGGACGAAAGUGGUACAUUACUGUAUCAAGCUUCUUCACCGGAUGAAGGUGCACUUGUUCGUGCUGCUGCUGCUCUUGGAUUUGUGUUUCAUACUAGGAAGCCGCGGAGUAUUCUCGUCUCAGAGUUAGGAGAAGUCAAAAAUUACAACGUCUUAAAUGUGUUGGAGUUUACCAGUGAAAGAAAACGAAUGGGUAUUGUUGUACAAUGUCCUGACGGUGUUUUAAAAUUGUAUGUCAAAGGCGCGGAUUCUAUGAUUUUCCAAAGAUUACGUAAGGAUUCGCCAGUUGUUGACGAUUGUUCCGUCCAUCUUCUGGACUACGCGUCGAAAGGUUAUCGAACUCUCUGUUUUGCAAUGCGUACAUUGGAAGUAGAGGAAUAUAGUAAGUGGGCAGAAGAAUUUGCGGAAGCUUUAAUUUCGAUGGACAAACGAAAAGAAAAAUUGGCAGAAUGUGCUGAGAAGAUUGAAGUGAAUCUUACUUUAGUGGGUGCAUCUGCAGUUGAAGAUAAAUUACAACAGUAUGUACCAGAAACAAUUACGGCGUUACUGGCUGCACAGAUACGUGUUUGGAUGCUAACUGGAGAUAAGCGUGAGACAGCCAUCAAUAUAGCUCGUUCAGCGGGUCUUGUUCACUCGGAUAUGAAAUAUUGGUUUAUUGAUGGCAGUUCAUCCGAUGAAGUUUUUAAAAAACUUUAUGAUUGCAAUAGUAGCGUUCAGUCAUCUACCGUUCGGUACUCAUUGGUUAUCGAUGGUUCUACACUAAAAUAUGUAGUUGAAUCGAAAUGUAGGAAAAUCUUUGUUAACUUGGCAAUGAUUUGUCCCACUGUCGUUUGUUGCCGGAUGACCCCCAUGCAAAAAGCAGAAGUUGUCGAGAUGGUCCGCGAAGCCACUGAUGAUGUGGUUUUAGCAGUUGGUGAUGGUUCUAAUGAUGUUGCCAUGAUACAAGCAGCGAAUGUUGGCGUGGGAAUAAUCGGUGAAGAAGGUCUACAAGCAGCAUCUGCUAGUGAUUACUCUAUUGCACAAUUUCAUUUCUUACGCAGACUUUUACUGGUUCAUGGUGUUUGGAAUUAUGAACGAGGAGUGAAGGUGAUAUUAUAUAGCUUCUAUAAGAAUAUAUGUUUGUAUUUAAUCGAAUUGUGGUUUGCAAUCCAUUCUGCAUUCUCUGGUCAAACAAUAUUUGAACGUUGGACUAUUGCUCUUUUUAAUGUAUUAUUUACUGCAUUACCGCCCGUAAUGAUUGGAUUAUUUGACAAACCACUUCCUGACCGAAUAAUACUUUCCUAUCCUGGCUUAUAUGAGAGUUUUCAGAAACGAGCAUUCACUAUUACUCAAUUUGCAGUAUGGAUCGGUUUAGCAGUUUGGCAUUCGUUACUUCUUUUUUUUUUAUCUUUUGCUUUUCUAUAUGAUCCUGUUGUGUGGGAAAAUGGUAGAGUUGGAGGCUGGUUGAUGCUUGGAAAUUCAUGCUAUACGUUCGUGGUAACAACAGUUUGCCUUAAAGCUCUGUUAGAAUGUGAUUCUUGGACAAUUGUUAUAUUAUUUUCAUGUUUCGGCUCGAUUUUAUUGUGGUUUAUUUUUCUUCCGUUUUAUUCCAUGGUUUGGCCAAUUUUACCAGUUGGUGAGUAUAUGUCUGGUAUGGCAACCAUAAUGUUGAGCUCAUCAUCUUUCUGGCUGGCAUUCAUUUUCAUUCCUUUAACAACGUUAUUUACCGAUUUUAUCAUCAAAGUGAUCCGGAUGACUUUUGCGCCGACUCCUAGAGAAAUAAUAUAUUUCCAUGAACAUUUCAAAAAGCAGAGUCGUGACAUAUACUGCGAGUUACAUUGGUAA